AUGCAGCGCAUGGCCGCGAACAUGGGCGGCGGCGGCAUGCCCUACAUGCCCCCCGGAGCCGCGGAGCAGAUGAAGAACAUGAAGCCCGAGGAUUUCGCGCGCGCGUCCGAGGAGCUCGGCAAGAUGGACCCGGACACGCUGAAGGCUCAGAUGAACGCUUUCAAGAACCAGAACCAAGCGCAGCGGGACUACGCCCUGCGCGGCGCGGAGCAGCUCAAGACCGACGGCAACAGGCUCGUCGGCGAGGGCAAGUACAACGAGGCGAUCGAGAAGUACAUGAGGGUCAAGAACAACCUCGCCGAGGAUCCCUCGCCCGGCGCGAAAACCCUGCGCCAAUCGUGCCAGCUGAACAUGUCGCUCUGCUUCAACAAGACCAAGCGGUACAACAGCGCCAUCAGCGAGUGCACCGAGGUUCUCAAGCAGGACGGUAAGGCGUUGAAGGCGUAUUACCGCCGCGGGCAGGCGCACGCGGCCAAGGAGGAUUGGCAGGCGGCGGUGCGGGACCUCCGGCGCGCUGUGAAGCUCGCGCCCGGGGACGAGACGGUCAAGGGCGAGCUCGACAAGGCGAUCGCCGACCUGGGAAGGGCGGGUCUCGCCGACGAGACGAACGGCGAGUGCCCGGAGUUUGAGAUUUCCGCGACUCCUUCGGCGACUCCGUCGAUGCCGAUGCCCUCCGGACCGGCGCCAGACGGGGACCAGAUGGCGAGGGCGAUGGAGAUGAUGAAGGACCCGGACGCGAUGCAAAAAGCCGCGGAGAUGAUGGAGAACAUGUCCGAAGAGGAUCUGGAGGCGAUGGGUCAGAUGGGCGGCAUGAACGGCAUGCCGAAGGUUGAUCCCAAGAUGGCCAAGCAGGCGGCGGCUAUGAUGAAGAACAUGGACAAGGACACCAUGAAGGGGAUGAUGGACAUGGCCGCCAAGAUGAAGGCGCAGGGGAUGGACCCGAGCUCCAUGGCGGCCAACCCGAACGACCCGGCGAUGAUGGCGAAGAUGGCCGAGCAGAUGAAAAAUCCGGAGAUGCAAAGCAUGAUCACCGACAUGAUGAAGAACGUGACGCCGGAGCAGCUCAAGGAGAUGGGCGCCGCGGCGGGGAUGAACAUGAGCGACGAGCAGGCGGCGCAGACGGCGCAAAUGAUGAAGAACAUCUCACCCGAGACGAUGCAGCGGAUGAUGAAAGUCGGAUCCGCGCUGAACGGGGUGUUUACGCGGUUCAGGUCGACGUACCAGUGGUGCAUGCGGAACAAGCUGAUGGCGGGAAGCGUCGCCGCGCUCGCGCUCGCGACGUUCGUCUCGUACGUCAUGCGUUGGGGAUACUUCGCGAGGGCCGUCGCGCCGGAUCUCGUCGCCAACGGCGGCGCCGCCGCCGACGCGGACGAGGAGGAGGUGGAUAUUUUUGCUCAAUGA